GCGGGGCUCCGGGAUGGCGUCCCGCGACCGCGUGGCCCAGGCCAAGUCCCGCGCGGAACGGUCCCGGCCGCCCACGGUGCCGGUGCCGCAGGUGGAGAUCGUGCCGGGGCGGCUGUCGGAGGGCGAAUGGCUGUCGCUGCUGGCCUUCGAGGAGGCGGAGGACGUGGCGGGCGACGUGCUGGCGGCGCUGCUGGACCUGGCGCUGGGCGAGUGCUACAAGGUCUACCUGGCCCGGCAGUGCGUGCCCUACGUGAUCGCCCAGGCGCGGGAGGCGAUGCUGCAGAUCGUGGAGUGGCGCUUCCUGGUGCGGGACGCGGGCGAGAGCGACGUGGCUGCGGACCCGGCCUGGCAGGAGGACGAGGAGCCGUCCGCCGCCGUCCCCGACUCCUGGGCCCAGGGCUCCGUGCCGGUGCUGCAGACCGUGCCAAGCCCGGAGUGGGAGGUUCCUGCAGUCAAAGUGCCGGAGGAGGAAGCGCCUGCCCUCGGGGAGCUGCCAGGCGAGGAAACCACCCAGGCUGAGAUGCCCCUCCAGUGGGGAGAGGAACUGCCCCAGCAACCCUCCCUGCUGGAAGUCAAGCCUCCCAAGCCCCAGACGAGGAGGGGGCUGCCCAAGGGCCGGGCUGCCCAAGGGCCCAUGGCUGCCUUUCCUAGGCUCUCCUUCAAAAGAAGGCCGUCCUGCCAGCCACUCCUGGCAGCCCAGCACUCAGCCGGAUUGGAUGGCAGCGCAAAGAAGGUCUCCGAGAAGGAGCUGCUUUGGCGGAAGUUGCCCCAGGGCCCCCUGGAAGUGAGCUCCCUGCUGGGCAGCGUGCAGCCCCUACUGCCUUCCUCCUGCAGCAACCUCCUCCGCAUCCAGAUGGGCCGGCCCCCCAACAUCAAAGAUGUUUUCUACGACGAGAUGGGCGACGUCAUGCUGGUGCCUCACCUGGAGCCGGCCCGCUUGCCUAAGCGGUGGAUCAAGCCCAUCGUGGAAGUGGUGGACCCCGACACUGAGUCGAGGCGCCAGGAAACCCUGAAGAUGGUCUCGGGCCGCUGCAAGCAGCGCCGUCCCCUGAAUGGCCCCGUCAAGCGGGCACCCAUAGAUCAAAGCAUCCUCCCGGCUCAGGCAGGGCCGGAGGAUCCCAUGAAGGCAGGGCAGAAGGCCCGCCUGGAGCAGGCGGUUUAUUCUCCUCUUCCGCCAGGAAAGACCCUCGAGCCCACCCACUUUGUGUUGGUCAAGCCCACCUUGCUGGUGGAGACGGUUGAUCUCGCCCCAGGAGUGAGCCUCCACCGUCGCGGCAGUGGCUGUCUGAGCACACGCUUGCAGCCUGCAGAAGAUGUCAAGGAGGCGGGUGGGCCCUUUCCCAGCAGGGCCGAAGGGCCCUUCCUUCAGGGGCCACAGCUUCUGCCGCAUUUGUGCCCCAGAGCUGUGCUGGGUUGAGAGUCAGAGUGUUCACCUCGGACACAUCCUGAAAUAAAAUGGAUGUGGCACACUCGCACCUUUGCCUUCUCUAGGAAGCCUUGACUGGCUGAUAAUCAAAGGAAGGGAUUUAGGGGGAGGACUCUCCCACCCACCCACUUGUGCUUCUGUGGUUACCCUGCAGAAGAGGGGUAUUCUGUGUGGAACCACUGUCCCUCCCCCCCACACACUUUGCAUUAGAGGAAUUGGCCAGCACAUAAUUGCACCUCAACUGAAAAAGCACCCCCCCCCCAAGGUGCCUGCUGCCCUUCGAAAGGUCCCCCGACAUUCUCGGUCCUUCGGGGCUGACUGGGCUGCAUAAUCGCAGGGGCCGUGGAAGGGCGCUUCUCCCCUCUUACCUGGGAGGGUGAGAGAGGCAGAGAAGGGCACUGUAAUUUUUAUUGGAAAGACAGUCGAAACAACACUGAAGCUUAGGGGGCCAAGAUGUAGAUGAGGGUGGCCUUGUAUCAGAUUCAGGCCAUCCUACAACAUUUUCUGGCUCUCGUGGCUCUAGGCUUUAAUUUAUUUAUUUAAUAUUUAUGUAUUAAUUAGAUUUCUAUACCGCUCUUCUCCCGAAGGACUCAGGAUGGUUUACAGCCAGGAUAAAACAACAUCAAUAAAAAUUAAAACAAUUUUAAAAAACUGAUUCUAAAAUUUGGCCACAAUAUUUAAAACUAUAUAAAACCCACAUAAAAAUCCCCAUAUUUAAAAAUUGCAUUAGGCCAGACCCGCACGAUGGAACAAAAAGGUUUUAAGUUCGCGUUUAAAGGUCCGGAGGUCAGGGAGUUGACACAACCCUGGUGUCAAGGUUCCAGAAAAACCUCCUCUGCAUAAAAAAACCUCAGAAGCCAUUGUCUUUCAGAGUUCUUUACUAGCAUGAGGAAACUGGCACACGAUGAGUGAAAUUCCAAAACUGAACUUCCGGAUUCUUUUCCCAGUUAUACAAACCCCAAGAGUCCCACCCCCCUGACCCCUUUGAUGGUCACAUGGUCCCCCGUUCUCCCAGUUCAUUCGAAUAUCUUCUCACCAUUCCUCCUGCUGAAGUGAACACCAUCCGACCUUGACCGCUUGAAGAUUGUUACCAUACCCCUCAACCCCCCUUCUUCCCCUCAGGGGAAAAAUGUGGCAGCGUCUGGAACCCUAAAGUCUAGUAUGGUUUCCAGGCCUGACACCUGGAGGGAGCUCAUUCCAAAGAGCCGGAGCCCCCACAGAGAAGGCCCUCCCCCGGGGGUCGCCAGUUGGCAUUGUUUGGCUGACGACACCCUGAGGAGUCCCUCCCUGUGGGAGCGCACAGGUCGGUGGGAGGCUAUUGGUGGCAGUAGGCGGUCUUGUAAAUAACCUGGUCCUAUGCCAUGGAGCGCUUUAAAGGUGAUAACCAACACCUUGAAUUGCACCCGGAAGACCACCGGCAGCCAGUGCAGCUUGCGCAGGAGAGGUGUUACAUGGGAGCAUCGUGUUGCUCCCUCUAUUACCCGUGCAGCCGCAUUCUGGACCAGUUGGAGCCUCCUGGUGCUCUUCACGGGGAGCCCCAUGUAGAGAGCAUUGCAGUAGUCCAGGAGGGAAGUGACAAGGGCAUGAGUGACCGUGCAUAGAGAAUCCCGGUCUAGAAAGGGCGUAUCAGGCGGACCUGAUAAAAAGCUCUCCUGGCGACGGCCAUCAUGUGUUUAAGGGGUGUGUGUGUGUGUUGGGCAGAGGCUAGCCAGUGAGAACGGGGAGCUGAAACCCCAGGAAAUCUAGGUUUUUUUUAGGAAGAGGUGGGGUAGCAGGGAGAACUGCCCUGAUGAACACAGAAAAGUGCCCUUAAAAACUGAUCUCUCUCUCUCCCCACCCCCUCUCCCUCUUUCUCUCAAAGUAGCGGGAUAGGCUUACCCUGGCACCAAGUAAAAGCUAUGCACAAGCCUUUGCUGAAAAUAAUUUUUGGAUAUAAAUAAUGCCCCUCCAGAACAAGAAAAAGAUUACAGGCAAUUGUGUGGCAUUUUGAACAGAAGAGUGUAAUCUCAAGAAAUCCCCCACACUUUCCAGAGGAAUAAAACACUCUCCCCAAAUAUUUAAAACUUGUUCAAUCAGCUGUUCUUAAUUGCCAGGCAUGGGCUCUGGAGUGUUUGGCAAAUACCAAGAUUUUAGAAUAGCUUAUCUUUACCUGCGAUUGAACUACAUUUUGAAUUAACACCUAAAAGAGAAGCUUAAGCCAGCUGUCCCUAUUUACACUUGCAAGUUGUGAGAUAACAAACUUUCUGCCCUAACACCAACUGGACAGUUGUUCCCCUCUUUUGUUGCGGCAGGUGCCCAAUACCUGCCAGAUCCUUCAGCCUCAUCCAUAUGCAACCUCAGCCAUUCUGGGUAUGGAGGGUCAGAGAGCCAUCGAGAAAAUAACCCCUUUGUGAAUGGAUUUCUGGAGGCUGUCCCUGCUAUUUGGGCUCACUGUGGCCAAUUGGGGAAGAAGGACCCUGGUGCUGUUAGUAAGUAAUUGGGAGCCUUUUAUGAAUUACAGGAGGGGUUCGUCCCAGCACCUCCUGUAAUGACCUUGGGCUUCAGUAUCUGAGGUGCAAAUUGGCCAAACAAGCACCUCCUCGUAACAAACAGACCACACAAAGUUUGUUUUAAAUGAGUUGGUGGUUGUGAUAAGAGUAUUUCAACACCCCUGUGCUAUGGUAUCUCACAGGGUGUUUUACUAGAGGAUGGUUGUGUAAGGUUAUUUCACCCAAGGUAAUCAGAAUACAGGUUCAAUAACAAAAGAGGAGGGGAUGCCUAAGCCCACUACUGAUAGGGAUUUCUUAGCUGUGAUCUUCCUGUAUAUUGUGUUAAACUUCUAAUGCAGAAUUUUCAUAAAGUUUGCACAUUAGUAGCGCCAGUGUGUAUCUACAGUGUUUUUUUCCAAGUUGCACACAUCCUAGAUCUAGAAAUAAAAGCAAAUGCAACUCUGAAAUUAGUAAAGGCAACAUAUUGUGCUGACCCAGCUUUGCUUUUCAAGUAGAUC